CAGUUCACUUCAAGCUUAUUGUUUUCUUAAAAAUGAAAGAAAUCCACCUUAAGUCAAUUUUCUAAACAGUAUGUAGUGCACUGCCUAGGGGUCAAUCUGUUUAAUCAUUACAAAUAUGUUUAAUCUGGUAUUUAUACAUUUCAUGUCUGCUUGAUGAAAAAUAAUCAGCCCCUCAUAUGGAUGUUCAAGAUUCUUUCUGGGUGAUCCUCUAUUUCCUUGGGUUUUGCUCCCAAGCUCAGGCUCUGACUUUGAGUCCUCAAAACAAUUCAUGCCAUCCAAACGAUGUGGGGGUGUUGCAGAACUUCAUGGCAGGUUUUCAAACUGAGAUUUCUGGAUGGGAAUCAAACUCUUGUUGCUGUAAAUGGACAGGAAUCACAUGUAACUCUUCAUUGUCUUUUGGAUUGGAGGAGCCUAUAUAUGAUACCUGGAGUGUAGUGAAGUUGGAGCUUGUGAACAUGAGACUAGUGGGCAAACUCUCUGAGUCAUUGGGUAAUUUAAAUCACCUAAGAACACUCAAUCUCUCCCACAACUAUCUCAAAGGCUCACUUCCAUGGUCACUUUUCCAUUUGCCAAACUUACAAGUCCUAGACUUGAGCCAUAAUGGCUUUUCAGGCCAAAUUCUUACUACCAUACACCUACCUUCAAUUCAGGAAAUAGACUUGUCUCAUAACUGUUUGAGUGGUUCACUUCCUUCUGGUAUCUGUGGUAAGAAUUGUUCUUCACUCCAAGUACUAAAUCUCAAUGCAAAUUCCUUUUCUGGUAUCAUCCCACCUGAACUUGGCAACUGUAGUUCCUUGGAGAAGCUCUAUCUUGGCAAGAAUUGUCUUACUGGUGGUCUGACUGAAAACAUAUUUCGCCUGCGAAAACUCUCACUACUGAACCUUCAAAAUAACAAGCUCUCUGGGCCAAUCAGGAAAGGAAUUGGUAAUCUUACUAAACUUGUUAUUCUUGAUAUAUCCUCAAAUAGAUUUUCAGGAACUAUUCCAAAUGUUUUUGACAAGUUACCAAAGUUACAAUCUUUUGUUGCUGAAACAAACAAUUUUACUGGUUUUCUACCACCAUCCUUGUUGAAUUCUCCUUCUCUAACUUUGCUGAAUGUGGGAAACAAUUCCUUGGAGGGUCCAAUACAACUCAACUGUUCAGCAAUGGUUAAUUUAGAUUCUCUUGUUUUAGCCAACAAUCUCUUUGGUGGGAUUAUUCCUGAUAACCUUCCAAACUGUCAACAUCUGAGUAGUAUAGAUCUAUCCCGGAACAAUUUCACAGGCCAAAUCCCAGAAAGCUUCAAGAACUUUAACAGUCUCACUGUCUUCUUCCUUACAACCUCAAACAACUCCAAUCUUUCAUCUGCCCUGAGAAUCCUACAGCAAUGUCAGAACCUAACCACUUUAGUUCUCAAAUAUAACUUUCAUGGAGAGGAGUUGCCUCAAGAUUCUACAAUUCAUUUUAAGAAGCUCAAGGCUCUGAUCAUUGCCAAUUGCAGACUCAAAGGCUCAAUACCACUAUGGUUGAGAAGAAGCAGCCACUUGGAGCUUUUGGACUUGUCAAGGAACCAAUUGGGUGGGAAAAUUCCAGCCUGAUUUGGCGAUUUCGGGUUCUUGUUUUACUUGGACUUGGGAAGCAACUUGUUUUCAGGGGAGAUUCCAAAAAACAUAACCGGGUUAAUAAGUUUAAUCUCUCGAGAUGUCUUAUUGGAGGAAUCUUCCCCAUAUUUCCCAUUUUUCUUGAAGAGAAGUUCAAAUUCAACAAAGCUUCAAUAUAAAGGAUUUAGGAGCUUUCCACCAACUUUAGACUUUAGUUGUAAUAGUUUAAGUGGGCCAAUCUGGAAAGAAUUUGGGAAGCUAAAGAAACUUCAUAUUUUGGAUUUGAAAGGGAACUUUCUCUCAGGAUCAAUCCCCAGUGAUUUAUCAGGUAUGAAAAACUUAGAGGAACUUGAUUUGUCUCAAAACAAUCUUUCAGGGACAAUACCAGCCUCCCUGGUGAAACUUAGCUUUCUGUCAAAGUUUAGUGUUGCACACAAUCACCUGCAUGGGAAGAUCCCUUUAGGUGGUCAGUUUUCAACUUUUCCUCUUUCAAGUUUCGAAGGAAAUUUUCUCUAUGCCAACAAUGGACCAUUGGGAUCAAGUUAUGAUAAAGAUCUUACAGAGCCAUAUGAGGAAUCAAGAAUAAACAGAGAAUUUUUUGAUGGAAUGGGUGUUGGAAUGGCUUUUGGAGUUGUCCUUGGAGCUUUGUUGUUUCAAGUAAUUUCAAGAAAUGCUGGCUUCAACAAUAAUUUUUGGCUCAGAGUAGAUAUUUUGUUUGGUUGGAUCUCAAAAUAAAUAAUGCCUAUUUAGCUAGAUAUAUACAUUGCUUUAAGUUUCUUGUAUACAUAUACCAUAUACCAUAGUUUACAAUUGAGUAAUAUGUACAAGUAGAUUGUAUAAAUUAGAUAAGAAAUAAAUACAAACGAUCACUUGAAAAAAAUUCUUAAGAUUUUCAAGAGUACAUACUUGGUUGCAACCAGAAAGAUGGGUAAUCCAUCAUCUGGAACCAAAAUGAGCAAACAAUUUAAAAUAGUCAUUAAUAGUGGGAGAAAGACAUAGAAGAGAGUAGCGAAGAAUGCAACUAUUGCAAUAUUGCCAGGGAAAUCAAAAUCCCAAAUCUUAUGAUUAGUAGUCCCACUAAUGCUAAGCUCAGAUUUCUUCUCAUACAACAGUGCUUU